AAACUUAAAAGGACAAGCUAUUUGAGGUUUGAAAUAUUUGGAGUGAAUCAAUUGGAAUUAAUGUAAGAAAAUGUCAGCAUCAUUCAGUAGGGUUGGGGAUGAAGGACUCAAUGAGUCCCUGUUGGAACAGCAGGCAUCCUACAUGGAGGAUAUGCAGUGCCUGCUUACCAAGCUACAUCAGCUAUGGAAUGAAGUUGGAUUUUCUACAUCGGAUCAGCUCAAACGAAUUGCUGAUCUCAAGAAUCGCGUUAGAGAGUUUUAUGCUGAGGAGAAGGCUCACAAGAAGAUGCUCAUUGAUGAAGUUGAAGAAAAAUCAAAAGAAGUCUUCACAUUAUCAAAGGAACUGGGAGUAUAUGCAGACGAGCUUUACACCAAUGACAGCCUCUCCCUCCUGCAAAUGGAUCAGCACCUGAGCCAUCGCCUCCAGUCCCUCAGGCAGGAGGUCUCCAGCAGACGCAAACAUCUACAAAAGCUGCUCAAAGAAGAAGAGGAAUUGUGUUCUGAGUUGCUGGAAGAGGUCUCGUCUCCUUGUGCUGGCACGGUGCCAAGCAAAGAGGAAAUUGCCAGCGUACAGCGCAGAAUCAACACUCUGACGCAGGAGAAGAAACAUCGUCUACACACAUUCCGCACGCUCAAGGAGCAGAUCUCGGAAUUGAUGGCUGAGUUGGACCAGCCUGCAAACAGCAGCUUCCCCACGAACAUCAUUCACUCAAACGAAGGCCUUGUUACACUUUCCCUUCACAACCUUGACGCCAUGAAACGUCUCAAGUCUGAUCUCAGUGCCAAGCACUGUAUGAUUUUGAUGUUUCUCAUUUUGCAGCAAACGGCAAGAGCGGCUCAGUUGGAGCAGGAGGCUCGUCUGGGUACCAAGUCGACACUGAAGAAGCGCGGUGCUAACACCACAACCUCGCGCCGUCCUAACUACAGCUCGACCUCUUCUGCUUCUCACCGCACUGCUCUCUCUUGCCUCUCGCCCACCAAGAGUCAACGAAGAGGCCUAACAGAGAACAACACUCCCAGACCCAGUGGUCGUCGCGAUGUAACUCGCCGUCAGUCGCGACGUCUGCGUGCCAAAGGCGCCGCCACCAACAGCUCCUCCAACAGCUCUGCUAUUCUCUCCACCUAUUCCCAGUUUGAGGAGAAUAUCGCCGUGCGUUCACAAGAGGAUCAGGUGCGUUCCUCAAUUCUGCCGUCACCAGUGAGCGCUCGUCCACUGAAGUCUUCCUUGCUCGUGUGCCGCUCCCCGUACGGCGGCACGACGCCCGCUACGUCAUCCAGGAUCCAUCGCGCCCCUGCAACCAUGCCGAGGCUUAUGCGUCCUCCAGCGACACUACCAAGGGUAGCUCUUCUUCCUCCUACCCAACGCGGCUCCCCUCGCACUCCUCGCAACAUCUCUACCUUGACCCGGACUGCAGCCUCCGCUUCAGUACGUCGCAAUGCGUCUUACUUGGGUCGCCAUAAUGCAUCCAAGGCGACGUACGGACAGUCGCCUAGUCUUGCGACGCCUAGAACACAAACUAAGCGACGUUCCAUUCGUCUCGACGCAUCAAAAUCUGUGGCUCACAACGCUGCUCGCCUCACUACUCCUGCCAAAAAUAAACUUCAAUUCCUCAUGUGAGGUUAGUUUCCAAUCUCUCUUCCAAACAAUUUAAUUUUGAUGGCCACUUGUAUGAUUCUUACGCAUGAUCGAUUCACUUUCUUAUUAGCGAGUGGAAUUUUGAUUUUAACCUGCUACAGAACUGCAUCUUGUUGAAAUAUCUUGUGACUUGUUAAUACGGUGAUGAUUCGCUUUUACUGAAGACUAGUUCAAAUCGCUCAAAAAUAUUGGUUUAUCUCGAGAACUAAUCUUGUAUGCCCCAAGAUUUGCAAUAUCAACUAACGCAAUAUUGCUAGAAUCUGCACUUUUUGCAGCAUAAAUAAUCAAUCAAAUCUCAAGCAUUUCGUUUGCGAGAAGCGGGAUUCGUGAUUAAGUCAAUAUUUAUUGAUUUUGAAUCGAUUUAAUUUCAGAAACUUGUAACAAAAUCGCUUAUCCAUUGAUUCUUUCUAGUUGUUCAUCAAUAAUUCCCCUUGGAUGUUGUACAUCUUUCGAAUGUUCGAGUCUUGGGGUAGCAAAUAUUCUGUAUUUUUGGUAUGUAAAUAUUGAUUGUUUGAGAUUCGGCUCUGCUGGAUGGGUUGAAGAAAGACUACCUCUGUUCUGUGAAUUGUCUCCAGAGGCUAGUUAAUGGAAACAUACUUGUUUGAAGCUACAAGUUGGAUUGUUCCAGCUUCAUAAACGCAGUACAUUCGAGUUGUAUUUUUGGUGCUUUCAGUUUUUUUUAUACUUCAACAAGUUGAGCGAGUAUGAAGUAGUAAUUCAACGAAAUGUCACCCGAUGUAAACUUCAACGUUUGGGCUUAUGACAAAUUGAAUUAAAGGAGGCUACUUUGAAUAGAUCUUUCAUGAAUUUUAAUCAUUUGACUGAUGACUCUUAUCAUCAUUCGUUAACUUCACAAUACGUCGUUCAUGUAUUAUCUCAUAACCGUGUAAAAAGUUCUGUUACUAACUUUGAAUAAUAUUCUCGUAUGUAAGUUCCUAUUGUAGCUUAAGCAUCCAAUUUUUUUUAGCUUAGACUGUUGACUAAAUUCUAUUAGUCUUCUGUGGCGUUACCGGGUCUUGGUUAGAUGGUGUUGAGCCGGAGUGCAGUGGCGAGCCGCAAAUUAGUGUCCGAAUAUAAGGAUAGGUUGUUUUUCUUAUGCCUGAAGCAGCUGCUUACCAUCGGCUUCUGGGCUUGGGUUUCAUUUGAAUGCUUCAUUUUUUUAGAGAAGUCUACAACGUGUCGGAAGAGUAUCCGUUGUAUUAAUUGAUUUGUGACGAGUCAUACGUUUCACGAAUACGACCCUCUCAAUGAAAUUUUCUCAACAAGUAUUUUAUCAACCCAGUGUUUCAGUUCUAUUGCCUGUAGCUGGCUGCGAUGUUGAAUUUUAGAGUUUCAUAUAUUUCUGGUGUACAUGAAUAAAGAUGUUAACUUUU